GGAUGACACGACCAACCUCGGACAGCAGCCUGUUGGAUAGUAAUCUUUGCAUUACCUUAGUGCACAUGGGCAACUGACUGUCCUGUGUUGGCGUGUGGACAGUCAGACCAGUUGGAAACCAUGAGUAAGCCAGCAGCCAGCGACCUGUGCCAUGAACACCACGCGAAGGUGGAAGAGGAUCGCAAAAUGAGAGGAGGACCAGACAGUGCUGGGCAUCAGCAGUCGAGAGUUCGAUUGAGCUGUUGUCUGUAUUGCGAUCAUUACAUUCUUCCAACGUAGCCGACCAUCAAAAAUGGAGUCAGGCAUGAAAUACCGAGAACGAACCUUGCGAUUGGAUCUGCAACGGCGUGUUUGCGAAGAUGGGAACGGGGCCAUCGCUGAUGCUUGGAUUUUUGAUGUGGUCGAAAGUGGUCCGCAAAAGGGCCUCCAUCUCGCAAUUGCACUUGUGCCCCAGGAGCACCGUGCUGGUGAGGAAGAAGAAGCUCUCAUCGUGGAGACGGCCCGCGAAGCCCUGAAAAAAGCGCUCGAUAAUUUGCCUCUGUCUGCAGCUUUUCCGGCGAUAGACGACUGGCGGUGGCUUGUCCUUCCACGACUUCCAUCUUCCAAAACUGGUGGUGUGGACAAACAUCUACUGGGGCAGAGUCUGUAUGAAAAGGAGACACAGCAUGCCAAUGGACAUGCUUUUCCAGAUGUCUCUGAGGAUGAAGCCACACUUGCCAUUGUCAGCCCACACCAGUAUUGGAAUGAUCAGUUAUGUGAUGCGAAGCCACCCAGCUUUCCACGGCUCAAGCCAGGCAGCAUGUUAAGGCGACGGACGUCAAACGGAAUGCGCCGAGUCAAGAAGUCAAGUUCGUUUCCAUUGCAACCGAAUGGAAAAAGCGCUAUGGACAGGAACACUCUUGUGCGUGCCGCAUGGGCUAUUGUGCUUGCGCGCUAUAGUGAGAGCGAUGAUGUUUGUUUUGGAGCGCAAGUUUUUAGCAUGGAUAAAGUGGCAAGCCCAAACACUGCUACAAUCGUUCCGAUCCGCGUCCGCAUCGAUCAAAGAUCAACAACUAAAAGCUUUCUGCAGAGCGUCCUAGCGCAAGCAGUUGAAAUGAUGCAUUAUGAGCAAUUUGGUCUCCAGAACAUAUCAAAAGUUAAUCGCGAUGCCGAGGUUGUCUGCAACUUCUCCAGCGUGCUGAUCGUUAGGCCCUUGGACCUUUCCGAGAAAUUGGAUAGACGUCCAGAGACGAAUUUGGAGGAUAAAACGGAUGAGUACGAACUAUCGUGCGAUGAAGUCGACUACCCGCUGCUUCUACAGUGCAUCUUUUUGGAUGGCGCCAUAGAUCUAUGUGCUUUAUAUGACCCUCGUGCUAUCGCCGAACUUCAAAUCGUGGCACUCUUCAAUCACCUCGGCCAGGUGAUUAAACAGCUCCAAUACCCCAGCCGGAAUGGCACCCUCGUUAGCGAGAUAUCCUUGGACGGUCCUUGGGAUGUUCAACAGGCUCUCUUCUGGAAUUGUAGAGAAACUCCCGAGAUCGUCGAUUCCUGUCUCCAUGUCUUGAUUGCGAAACAAGCUGAGGUCCAACCACAUAUACUCGCUAUCGAUGCAUGGGAUGGAAAGCUUACUUAUUCUGAACUGGAAUUUGCAGCAAAUCGAUUAGCUCACCACCUUACUGGCGCAGGUGUUGUGAUCGAAUCUCUUGUUCAUGUUUGCUUUGAAAAGUCUAUCUGGUACUAUGUCGCUAUCCUGGCAGUUAACAAGGCAGGUGGUGCUUGGGUGCCUUUAGACCCUUCACAUCCAAUUGAGCGCCAGCAGCAAGUUGUUCAGCAGACAGCGGCCAGGCUGGCUUUGGCUUCGCCAACAAAUUCUAGAAUGUGCGCAAGCCUUGGCUUAGUCGUGGUCACGAUUGAUGAGACGUUUGACAAAGCUCUAAGAGACGAGGUACCAGUCAACGUAUCACUUCUGCCAAACCCUACCCUUUCUUCUCGUAAUGCAGCUUUCGUGAUUUUCACUUCUGGAAGUACUGGUACUCCCCAGGGUUUCGUGAUAGAGCACCAGUCCCUUUGCACGAGUCAGAAGGCUGUGUGCAAAAGAAUGAAAAUGACAUCAGAUGUCAGGAUGCUCCACUUCGCAUCACACGUAUUCGAUGCUUCAAUUUGCGAAUCCCUUUUCCCCUUGAUGCUCGGUGCUUGCGUUUGUGUGCCUUCUGAUUAUGAUCGCAUCAAUGCGCUUCCUGGAUUUAUACGCGAUAAAAACAUCACGUGGGCUUCGCUUAUUCCCUCCUUUCUUCGAACGCUGAAGCCUUACCAAGUCCCUGGCUUACAAGCACUAAUCGUAGGCGGAGAAGCACUAAGCCGUGACUUACUCGAGGUCUGGUGCGGACGACUCAGGUUGAUCAACGUGUGGGGACCAGCCGAGUGUUGCCCGAUCAGCUCCGUGCACGAGUGGUCAUUCGCAAAAGAGUCAACGUUGACUAUUGGACGAUCCAGCUGAAGCUGCCAGCUGAAUCGUCAAUCCUCAGGAUCAUUACCAAAUUUCUCCAAUAGGGUGUGUAGGCGAAGUGGUCAUUCAAGGGCCAACCCUUCUUCGUGAGUAUCUUGCCAACAACCAAAAAACCAAGGAAACUGUCAUAACUUCACUGCCCGAAUGGAUGCCUCGACGAACUCAACCAGACUGGAGCCGAUGCUACAAAAGCGGGGGCUUGGCCUUUUACAAUCCAGCCGGGACGAUGGAAUUUGCUGGCCGGAAAGAUACUCAGGUCAAAAUUCGGGGCCUUCGUGUGGAGCUAGGAGAAAUCGAGUAUAACAUCAAGCUAGCUAUGGACGUCUAGCAGGUAGCUGUCGAUGUUUACAGAUCAGAAGUCGGAAUAAGUUUGGUAUCCUAUUUAUGCUUCAGUCAGGAAUCUAAGAUAUCCUUUCAGGGACGGAGUAAUGCGGAUGCAGAUAUCUUCCUACCUCUAGACAACGCACUACGAAGCCAAAUUGGGACCUUGGUUGAGCACUUGAAAACCAAGCUCCCUAGCUAUAUGGUACCAACAAUUUUCAUACCGUGUCGCUAUAUGCUCUUCAUAACAUCAACAAAGCUCGAUCGUAAUAGACUUCGACAGCUGACCACCACGCUGUUAAGCUCAGACGACAUAGCAGAAUACUCCUUGGUUGACUCAAAUAAAACACGACCCGAAACGGAUACAGAGAAAAGUCUUCAGAAAAUCUGGGCCUCAGUCCUUGGCAUAGAUGCAAACUCCAUCGGCCGAGAUGAUAGCUUCUUACAGAUUGGUGGAGAUUCGAUUCAUGCAAUCCAACUUGUCUCCCUGGCUCGCCGACAUAGCAUCGGGCUUACUGUGGCUUCAAUUCUUAAAGAUCCCCGUUUGUCUCGCGUAGCAACCAGUGCCAUAGUGGUCGACGCGAGUGCUCAAAUGCCAUUGGCAUCUUUCAGUCUAGUCUCGAAUGAUCAGAUCAGCGAUUUGAUCAAACAAGCUCGUGAGCAAUGCAAUUUAUCAAGUACCCAGAUUAUCGAAGAUGCUUUCCCUUGCACACCCUUACAAGAAGGCCUCAUGACGCUGGCCAUUUCGAGACCGGGGUCCU